AAUAUUAUUUAUGAUUUUCUGGCAUGUUCUGAAAGCUUCCGUGUGGCCAAGAAACUAAGUGACCUUUCUUAGUUGGUUUAUUCACAACCAACCAUUGGCAUAAGUUCCUUGUCGGUCUCUUUCCACAAACUCUCUCCAAAUUCUUCUCUUCCUCUUUAUAUAUAUCACAUGCAAAUUUAAAGCUUCAAAAUUCAAAUAGAAGCAAAAACAAACUAAUAUUUUAUAUUUAGUUACGUGAUUAUCAAGCAAUAUUCAAGCUAUGGCCGUAGAGAAACAAGUGAUGGUGUUCGGGAUGGACGAUAGUGAGCAUAGCUAUUAUGCACUGGAUUGGACUCUUACUCAUUUGUUCACUCCUCAGUCCUCUCCUUUCAAGCUCGUUGUUGUGCAUGCCAAACCUUCUCCUGCCACGGCCAUCGGCCUCGCGGGUCCCGGCUUGAUUGAUGUAUUGCCGACGGUAGAUAGUGAUUUGAAGAAGAUUGCUGCCAGGGUGCUAGAAAAAGCCAGGGAAGUCUGUGCUGCUAAGUCUGUGCAUGAUGUCACAUUUGAAGCUGUGGAAGGCGACGCUAGAAAUGUUCUCUGCGAGGCUGUAGAAAGACACCAUGCCGCUAUGUUAGUUCUUGGUAAUCAUGGACAUGGUGCUAUAAAAAGGGCUGUGCUGGGGAGUGUGAGUGAUUACUGUGCUCAUCAUGCUCAUUGCACGGUGACAAUCGUCAAGAAGCCUAAAACCAAGCACUGAGGUUACUCGAUCCGAGUUAAUGAAGAAACAUCCUGGUUGAGCCUCUGUUUCAAUAUGUUAGCUUUGGUGGAUGACUUGGAAAUGUAGAAGUUCAAUGUGUGUGUUGAAAUUGAAACUGUUAUGUUGGUCUAGUUAAAGAAAAGCGAAGUAAGAACUAUUAGGUUGCGCUGUGUGUAAUAAUUUCUGUUGCUUCCUCAAAUUUAUGAUCGACGAUCAAAAUUCAGGAAAUUCUAAGAAAAUCAGAUAAGAUGUGUAAAAUAUUUCCCAACAAGGUUUCCAGUUCUUGCCUUUGUAUAACUUAAUAACAGAUUAUUUCUCAUUCUUCA